AUGGGCGGUGUCGAGGGCGACUGGAAAAAGAGGCUUACGGAGGAGACCAUCGCCUAUGGCAUAGCAGUAGACAAGCAGUUAACCCAGAGAGUAUUGAAAGACCCUGUAGUUUCUCCAAGAAUAAGGAAAUGUCGUCGGCGGUUGGUGGAGCUGCCUCGUAAUUGUAAGAAUCUCGUUAUUGUUUCUCCGCAACUGGUAAACGGGGAUGCUCCAAGUACUACGGCAGACGAUCUCAACCAGAGUGACACGUUGCGGGUGAUUCAUCUUACUGAAGUGCACAAUGCUGAGGACAUUGCAUGCUUGAGAUCGGCAGUAGAAAACCGACUGGAGCAAGAGGGGCCAGUUUCGUUGGAAGCGAUAUCCAACGCGGAAGGCUGCGGCGCCCAUAGAGUAGCAGCAACGGAGGAGUCCCUGGACGUUUUAGAAGGAGUCUCUGUCUCGAAGCAAUCAGUCUCUAAAGAGCUAGCUAAAGAGUCGAAAACGUCAGCGUCCAAUGAAUCAAAAAUUAAGGAAACGCCUAGAGACUUAGGUCCUAGAGACUUAGGUCCUAGAGACUUAGGUCGAACCUUGGCAUCGGCGGUGGUCGUUUCAUUCACGGUGACCACUGAUUAUGAUUCAAUGACGGUACAACAAGUCCUCCAACGAAUUCUGCCUUCUGGAGUGGUCGUGCCGGGAUCUUUUGAGACAAUAGGACAUAUAGCACACUUGAACCUUCUACCGGAGCAUUUGGAAUAUCGCAACAUAAUUGGUCAAGUGAUCAUAGACAAGAUACCAUCAAUUAAGACGGUCGUGAAUAAACUUCAUAAUUUGGACAACGAGUUCAGAAAUUGUCCAUUAGAAUUACUCGCAGGGGAACCCAAAUAUGAUACAUACCAUUAUGAAAAUGGAAUGCGAUUUUUCAUUGAUUAUGAGCAUGUGUUUUGGAACAGUCGUUUGGCUGGCGAACGGGACAGGUUAGUGAAGGUGAUCCCCCAUGGAGCACACGUUUAUGAUGUCAUGGGUGGUGUUGGAGGUUUUGGCAUAUACUUAGCAAAGUUUAAUAAUUGCCAUGUUGUAACCAACGACCUUAAUAAAAGGUCGUAUGAAUGUGCUGUAAUCAAUAUUCAGCAGAAUAAGGUUAAGAAGUCAAUGGACGCAUGUAAUAUGGACGGUCGUAAGUUUAUUAGGGAGAUGAUAAACCCCAAGUUCAGCCAGUCCUGCCUUCGCAAAAUGGGUCGAACUUUUAUGACAACAAAUGAAGAUGAGGAGGAAGGACAGAUACAGUCUGCGGUCCAGAACUCCAAGACGGCAGAACAUAUGACCGCCGAGACAGUCAAGACCAAUAAUGGCGAAACCAAUAAUGGCGAGACCAAUAAUGGCGAGACCAAUAAUGGCGAGACCAAUAAUGGCGAGACCAAUAAUGGCGAGACCAACGUGGGAAGAAAAAAACGACGACGGACCGCGGAAGAACAUCAGGUUUAUUUCUUGAUGAAUCUCCCGGCAAUUGCCAUCGAUUUCUUGGACGCUUUCGUCGGGGCUCUCGAGCUCCAGAUCUAUGAGGACCAUCCUAGCAUGGUGGAGCCCCACGUAUUCGCAUAUUGCUUCGCUUCCCCCGCCACCCAUAAGGAAUCUAUCCGCCAACGAAUGCGAGCAGCGCUGCAACUCGAAUGCUUAAUACAACGAGGUGUCUUCCCCAACGAGGUGACCUCCGAUCAAAUCCUCGACCAAAUCAUUGUGGGAAUUGAGGAGGUACGGAAUGUAGCUCCGAGCAAAAGCCAAUAUUGCGUCCAUCUUUGCCUUCCAUUCCAGAUACUAACCGCCGCCAAACUACCCAACGGAUCCCCAUCCAGCCACGGAUCACCAGGCAACGACUCAGAACCGACGUCAGGCGAGCCUGUACCGUGA